AUGUACCGUCGUCGACAAAAAACACAACGACGUCACUUUAUUAUGGUGUGCGUUGUUUUAGUGCUUCUCGUGUUUCUAUUAAACACUAUUCACAUUAUACAAAAAGGGACAACAACAACAACAUCUUCUUCUUCAGCAGCAGAGAAGAAGAAAACGAAAAUGAUGAUGAUGAUAUCAACACAAGAUAGUGAAGGAGAAAAACAAGAGACGGCCUUAAUAUCAACAUCGGCAACAUCAGGAAUAUCCUUUAAUCUCGUGGUUCCAUCGGAUGAGGCUAUUCGAGAUUUAUUUAAACAUAAUAUAUUACCCCUAUGUAGUGAUAAGUGGAUAAAGGAUACAACUCCUCCACUAACAAUGAAAGAAAGUAAUGAUACAAUUGCGAAGAAAUUACAAAAACGCCGUAUUGCACGUCUAUUAGAGAAAAACACAUCUCUUCAAACUUUUUCUUGGUGGUCUUAUGAUGAUGUUUUCCGAGAUACACUUCAUACAAAAUAUUAUGUAUAUGAUCCAUUGGAUCAAUGUGAUAUUCCUACGAUAUCACACCCAUGUGAUGCUAUUACUGUACCCUUCAAUACAUUACAGGAUAUGCAAUGUAUUCAAUUAACACAAUUGUUAUUACAGACAGCCUUCUCUUCAUAUCAUGAAAAAUGGGAAGAAAAAGAAAAAGAAGAGAAAGAAGAAAAAAAAAAAACGUUCGGAUGGCAUACAGUUAUUCCACUUCCAAAAGAGGCAGAACAAUGGGUUUCCUUUACUACUAAUACUAAUAGUAAUAAUGAUAAUAAGAGUUGUGAACUGAAGGUAUGGGUGAGAUUGGAUGUUUUGGUACCAAGCUAUGAUCAACGCACCAUUAAAUUUCAGGCAAAACUCUGUUUCUUCUGUGAACAACAACAACAAGAAGAAGAAGAAGAAAUACUUCCGGUGUGUCUCUCAACUAUAGUCUUUAUAAUAAAAGUACCUCAGCAACAAUUCCAAACAGAACCAUUUGCAGAAGUAGCGGCUUUUACAGUAGAUCGCACACUUGAUGUACGGCGAGUACCCGCAACUUUUCUUUUCCCUGUACCGUUAACAAUACUACAAGAAGCCGUGGUACGACGAUCACAACAAAAAAUUCAUAUGAUUCCUCUUCUUUCCCAUGGUGAAGGGAGAGAGACGUUUGAAAUGUGGUUGGAGAAUGAUUUCUUUUUAUUUGUAAAGAAACAUGUAAGACGAGGUAAAUCAAAUGUAAAGAAGAAACAGGGAGAAGAAGAUGAUGAUGAUGAUGAUGAAAUAUUCACACGACGGGGAGGUUUAGAGGUAUGGUGUAGUUUUCAAUUACGUGUAAAGGAAGUGAUACCACUUUUACGUAGUCCUCUCUCUGUACCGUAUAGUAAGAAAAAACCCGGUUGGCAUCGCUGGUUUAAUCCAAUCUAUGCAGAUAUGAUUAUCCCGCAUGGACCUCUUGCUGCCUUGUCAGAACAGGCCAUGUUGGACUAUAUUAUAGGUAAUAAUGAUCGAUCUCCUAAUAAAAACUCUUUUGUAGUGGGUGGAUCUCGCAGUUGCAAUAAUAAUAAAGAUAAUAAUAAUAAUAAUAAUAAUAAUAAUAAUAAUAAUAAUAAUAAUAAGGGUAGUGGUGGUAAUGGGAAUGGAACUGGUAACUGUAAAGAGGUGAAAAUGGAUGAAAAGAAGUGUCGUCCAUCUGGUAUGGUACCUACGAUUAUUCAUGUUGAUCAUGGAUUAGCGUUUCAAUGGAGUUCUGCGGCGUUAGUAAAUAAUCCACUCGCCAAACAAAAGGGAAAAGAAACAUUUUGUAUCUUUUAUAAACCUUUACUAUUUCGCUUAUGGGCUAUUGAAAAGGUACUUGUACAGCACUAUACAGAAAGCAAAUUACAGGUUUACUGGAGUGCAUGUGAAGAAGGAAUGCCAAAAUUAAUGCGAGAAAAAAUGUGGAAGACGUUUCUAAUGACAAACAUAUCAUCUCCUGUACGUCGGGCACUUGGUGAUGCUGCAUUUCGUGCAAGUGGAGUGCGUUUGGUACGUCUUCUUCAACGCGUUAAUGAAUGUCUUAAGGAAUAUUCCUUGGAUGUUGUUUUGAUACCGUAA